AGCGCGGGUGGGCGGGUCUGGACGAAGCCACCUCCCCCAGCGAAGGUAUGGCGGCAGCCAUGGCGGCCACCGAGCAGAGUCCGAAGUGUAUCGCCAUGGGGGAGGCGCCGUCGCUGGCGUCCUUGGCGCGGACGUCGCUCUUCCUUCUGCUCUUGGCCUUGCCGCUUCGCGGCCAGCUUACAGACGACACUACACCUAAUGCAGAAAUAACUCAGAACUUUAACUCAAUUCAUAAGGAUGAAAAAAAUAAUUUAUCCUCAAUUAUUUCUGCAACCAGUGAGAACAGUAUGAGGAAUAAAACAAAUGAAGAUAUGAUCCCAACUUCUUUGAAAGUUGAUGCUUCUGUUGUACAUGCACCCAUUCUAGCAGAAGAGAAAGUAAUCCAACCUCCUGUGUCACCUUCAGAAACUGUUAGCAUUAAUCAACAAAAUAUUGAUGUUUCAGAAGAUGCAGAUAGUAAAGAAUAUGACAUGACGGACAGAAAUAUAUUUACUAGUUCCCUACCAACAGCAAAAGAACCUAAAGAUUAUGUCAUCUAUGAUCUAGCUUCUAACUCUCAAAAUAAUCAAGAUGACCAAGAUGUAUCAGAAUUUGCAGAAGAGUCAAGUAUGAGGAACUUCGAGACUAAGAAGUCAUUUGCUCAUAACAUGAAGGAUGCUACAGUCUCGGGAUUGGAAGAUGACAGUCAUUUCUUUUUUCAUCUCGUUAUUUUUGCCUUUUUGGUUGCAGUAGUUUAUAUCACAUAUCACAAUAAAAGAAAGAUAAUUUUAUUGGUUCAGAAUAGAAGAUGGCGAGAUGGCUUAUGUUCCAGAACAGUUGGAUAUCAACGUUUAGAUCAAAAUGUGAAUGAAGCUAUGCCUUCAUUAAAAAUUACCAACGAAUAUAUUUUUUAAAAGUAGAGUGACCGAAAUUUGCAGAAUUAGGAAUUUUCAUUGCCUCUCAAAAUAUAAUAUGAAUGAUUGCCAUAAGCAGUGAUGUGUGUGCUCUCUUUUUACUUUGAAGGUUUUAGCCUUAUAUGAGGGUAUGCAAAAUGUUUAUUUUGAUGAAAGUUGGACUUUAUUAUUUUUAUACAUACAGCUUAUUGUUUAUCAGUUGAUUUAUUUUUCUUUCAUUCUCUGCCUGGAGCAGUUAAUAGUCCUAGCCACAACCUUUCCAAUUGAUCAAUAUUCAGUAUAUUAAAGAAUGUACCAGAUUCCCUAUUUGGAUAAUUGACCUUAUUUCUCUCUUAAAUCAAGCUGCUAAAUAAUACAUAGAGUGUAUUAAUUUAAUUCUAGCCAAAUGAUUUCUUAGAAGAUCAUGCUAAUAUUCCUUCUCUGGAACAUUUGCAUAAACACAUUUUUAAAAA